UUUAAAAGAGUUUUAUCAGUUUGUUUGGUUCAUUUUUCUAAAUAAACUGAUGUUUUUCUGCAGUUUCAUCAAGCAGUAGCGGAGAGUACUGCUUUUGCGUUUUUCAACAAUGACUGUUUUCCUAAGAUUGUAAUUUGAACCUUAAUAGUAGCUUGUGUGUCCGAAACAAUGAUAUUUUUUGCACGGCUUUUCCAACGGCCAGGCUGCAGCAAACGUAUCGAACCAGAAGCAGAUCACAGAAUGAACCGAACACUGAAACCCAAACCGAAAACAACCUUCCGAAACGUUUCACCGAUCGCAGAAACAACAAAGUCAACAGAUUCGUCGCUUCGGCAACAAUCGAGCGUCGUAUCCGAUCCUGAUGUGCACUGCGGAAAAAAUUUUCGAUCAGGAUUAAUGAUUUUUGUGUUCAGCACUCAUUUAUUGAUAUCAGCGACAAUCUUUGCCGUAGGAUUGACGUUGACUUUGCUUCCACCGUCUACGGAUCAUGCCUGUCACGUGUAUUUCGCAGUGAUUUAUCUCAGGAUUGCUUUUUGGAUUGGAACUUACAUUCAGCAUGAUCUGAUCAAGCCAGCCUGCCAUAUGUUGGUCAAUCUGAACUACAGCCUGUACCGGGACAUGACCUGCUACAGAAAAGCACCUCUUCGGAUUGUAUCUUUUUGGAACAUGAUCCUUCUGGCAAUUCAAAGCUAUAUUCGAUCGUUGUUUCGGAUUGGGGAACAAGAAGCCAACAUAUGCGGUGGCCAAAGUGGGCACGAGUUCGAUGAUGUCUUGAACAUCACCCCCCAGUUGUUUAUUUCCAUCUUCAGCGGACUAGAAACGUUAGCCCUGGCCUGUUUUUACGUGCCAGCCAUUAAGCGCUUGACAAAGUCAAUGCAACAGCAGGAAGAGGACUCGCCCGACCGAACACUCUCGAACCAGGAUGACAUUACAAUCCACCAGAGACUAAAGCGACAAGCAGAACAGGUUAAAAUAUUGCGAGCGGCCAACGUGACUUUGAGGAAAGAAGCAGCCGAGCUAGGGGUGUUGAUUGAAGAUAACUGAAGUGUUGCUAUUGUUUAUGUUGUUAAUCAUUGCCUGUAUGAAUAAUCAUAUUUAUUAACUGUUGAAGCGAUGACUCGCUAUCAAAACAUUUGUUUUGAACGAAAAUUUAUUAGUGUACAAUACGGUGAAUAAAAUUAAAUAUUACAAUUGAUUCAGUUACUGCUGAUACUCGUUCAAAUUCAGAUGUGAUACGGCAUUCCUAAACCGUUUAGGAACCAAUGUUGAAAUAUUAGUAAAUUUAAAAGUGAAAGUG